AUGAGUUCUCCUUCGAGCGAUCGAGGUGACGGGAAUCCGGGGCUGAAGCUGGAAGCUGUGAUUCAGAGGUUAGAGGACACGGUUCUAAGCCCAGAAGCCAGCAAAGAAGACAAAAGUCUCACGGUCCGAGGGGAGGGAGGACAUGCCCGGCCCACUUCUGUGCCUGCAAGGAUUCGUCAGAUUGUCACAGGGAGCCUGGUCGAGCAUCCAUUCCAAGGUCUGUGGGAAGCCUCUUCUCCAGCCAACAUGCAAGAAGAAAACCAGCUGCUGCGGAGGGAGUUGUCCCGGCUAGAGGAUAUGCUUGCCGAGACCCGGGCAGAGAAGGAUGAACUGGCAAGCAAGUACCAUGCUGUGAGUGAGAGGCUGGAAAAGGCGCUGAGAAUGGAAGUGGGUCAGCAGGAAGGAGAAAGCAGUCCAGCAGUUUGGGAAAUGAAGCGCAGAUUUGAGGAAGAAGAGAAGAAAUACAGAUACAAAUUACAGGUUUACAAGGAGGGACAGGCUCAGCACGCUCAAUAAAUACAAUUGAAUGAAUGAAUGGUUCAAAAACUGCAGAGCAAGGUACUACAGUAUAAGAAGAGAUGCGGAGAAAUGGAGCAGCAGCUACGGGAGAACACAUCCGCAUGGGAGCACCAGAAACUGAUGCUUCAGACCCAGCUGGAGGCAGCGGAGUCCCGAUUCCGCCGAUCUGAGCACGAGCUCAGCAGUGACAUGGAGAAUGCCCUUACGUGCCUUGAGGAGGAGGAACAGAGGAGCACCAGCCUUGCCCAGGUGAACUCACUUCUGCGGGAGCAACUGGAACACAUGAAUACCUCCAACCAGAAACUGGCAGGAGAACUGGAGAAGAUAACCAAAGAGGUGCACAGGCUUAGGAGAGAAGUGGCCCUGAAGGAGUCCCGAUGGCAGAAGGAGAAAGAGACCUACAACAGAUACUUGAGCAAUGAGCACGGCGGAAUCCUCAUUCUCUGGCGUCAGGCAGCCGCGCUCCGCAGUCACUUUGCAGAGCUCCAGGCUGAAGCGGAGAGAGGUCUGAUGGACAUGAGAACGGAGGUGGCGAGGACUGCCCGCCGCAUUCAGACUGCCUGUCUGAAACUGGACUCCAACCAGCGCCUUUCGGAGAAUGGAGCCACCUGCUCCCUGGAGAAACGGGCCCUGCAGGGAGCACGUCUGGAACAACAACUCCGGGACAAAGUGCGGGAGAUGAUUCAGCUCCAGAGCCGCUGGGACCGGGAGAAAGUAGAGCUCAACUCCAGGAUCACUGAACUGACUGCUGUUGGAGAGAAGCUUAAAGAACAAAAUGCCAAGAAAGAGAAGACCAUUUCUUCCUUAAAACUGGACAUUCAGAAACUGGAAUCCAGUAAAACUGGAGGUCUGUUAGAAGUGGAGGACCUGAAAGAUGAAAGUGAAUCUUUGCAGCGAAUUUUACACAGCAUUACUAAGUUAGCUUUAGCUGAUGCCGAAAGCUUAGAACCCUCCUCACUGGGGAGUGUCAGAGUUGCACUUGAUGAAGACUCCGGAAGACAACCGUCCCCUUUGCAUUUUGGUUCAUCCCAUCGUCGCCGGACUUCCCCCAGCCGGGCCCACUCCCCCUUACACCACGAUGCAGCUCUGCAGACUGUGAAAAGAGCCUUCCAAAAGAGACGGCAGCGAGAACAGGAACUUCACUUGCAACUGGAAUCCUCCGGGAACGCAGUGACGGCGCUCCGAAAACAGCUGGCUGACUGUCAGCUGGAAGUGCAGGCAGCAGAGCAGGGCCUGCAGGAGCAGAGGAAGGAACGAGAUAAACUGCAAGGAGUUCUGCAGGAUCAAAGGAGGGAUUUGGAACGCUGUAAAAGCUCAAGGGAGACCUUUGGAAGGGAGAAGACAACCCUGGAAACUCUAGUGCAAGAUCUGAACCACCAGGUGGGCGUUUCCCAGGAGGAAAUCGCAAGGCUGAAGGCCGCAAACACGGACCUACAAAGGCAUCGCCAUCUUUUGGAAGAGCAGAAGGAGGAGAUGGCCAAGAAAAGUGAGAGGAGCAGGAAAGAACUGGAACGAGGACAAAGAUGCCUGGAGCAACUGGAAGAGCGAAGCUCGGGCCUGAAGAAGGAAUUAGUGGUGGUAAGGGAGGCCCUGAACCAGGCCGCCUUGGAGAAGGAAGUCCUGGAAAGUGAGAAAGAAGGUUUAAGCAAAGCUCUAGCCCAAGCUGAGUCCAGCACUGCUGAACUGGAAUUGUUAAUAACCAAGAUGAGAUCAGAGGAUGCUGAUCUGAGAGACUCCUUAGCCAAGAUGGCAGCCUUGACUGAAAGUCUUGCUCAAGACAAAGUCAAUCUGAACCACAUUAUUUUACAGAUGGAGGAGGAGCAAAGCCUGCUAGUGGAACAGCAGCGGGAGCUAGAGCAGGAGCGAACGAGCAUGAGGAAGCAGCUGACACACCUGGAACAGGAACUCGUGCACAUCCGCACAGAGAGAAGAGGAUUGGAGCAGACCCGGCAGGUGGAAGAGGAGAAACGAGAGAAUCUGGAGGAGGAGAUGGUUCUGCUUCGCGAAGAGAAAGUCCAACUGCAUGAGCAGAUUAUGCAGGUAAAUGGUCAGAAACUUGCUCUGGAAGAACAGCUAGGGCAGAGUCAACGGGAAAUGGAGGUGCAGGCCGACUCCCUUCACCAAACCAUGCAGGACAAGGAGGAGAUGGCCAAAGACAGAGCAAGGCUCUUGGUGGAGCGGGCAGCACUGGAGAGGCAAAAUCGGAUCAUGGCUGAAGAGAGAGCUGCACUCAGAGCUGAGAAGGAUUCACUGGAAAACAGCCUCUUUGAAACACAGCAGCUGCUGGUCCAGCUGCAAGCCCGGAAGGACCAGCUGGAAGAAGAAAAUCAAAGCAUCCACCUAGCGAGACAAGCUCUCCAAGUGGAAAUAGAAAAGGCCCAAAAUGAACUAGAGGUUCAAGAGACCAAGAUGAAGUGGGAUAUGGAGUUAUUGAAACAGCAAGUGGCUCAGAUGGAGCAAGCAACCCAGAAGUCCCUAAAGAACCAGGUGCUGGCUCACGAUGAGGAUAUGAUUCGCCUGAAGAAAGAGAAGGAGAGCUUGUGCCUAGCCCUGGCAGAGGAGAAGGAGACAGCGGUUCACAGGCUUCAGCAGGAAAGAGAUGAACUGGUGUCAAGACACGAAGUUGAGAAAGAGGCCCUCGGUGAGGAGAUACUCAUCCUCCAGCAGGAGCGGGAUGAAAGCCUCCUUCAAUCGGAACAUGAGAAGCAGAAGGCUUUAUCCCUGAAAGAAGUUGAGAAAAAUUUGCUGUCAGAGAAGCUUGGGGAAGCCCAGCGUGAACUCACGAAUGUUAGUUUGGAGCUGGACAGAGCAAAACGAGAAGCACUAAGCCGACAGGAGCAGGAUAAGAAGACCAUCGCCAGCAUCGCAGGAGAGCUGAAGGCUUUCCAGGCUCAGUUUGAAGAGGCAGUGGAUGCCCAUCACAAAGAGGUCCUGGCCUUGAAUGAGUACAUAAAGGAACUGGUGAGAGAGAAGAGCGCCUUGGGGAGGGAGGUAGAACAGUUGAACACACAGCUUCGGCUCGCAGAAGAGACCCAUGAAAAAACUCAGAAGGACGUGGCUGAACUGCACCGUGAACUGCGGGAGGGGGAGGAGACCCGAGAUCUCCAGCACAAGGAAAUGUCGGAGAUCCGCCGGGCCCUUGGCGACGAGGCCAGAGAGAAGGACACCCUGCAGCGCUCCAACACUGAGCUCAGGGCUUCCAUCAAAAAGAUUGAAAAUGAGAGAAUCAGUUUCAAGAGAUCCAAGGAGGAGAAGGAACAGAAGAUUACUAUCUUGGAAGAAGCUAAGGCCUCAGCUCAGAAAGAGGCUGGAGAUCUUAGAACAAACCUCCGGGAGGUGGAGAAGUCUCGAUUGGAAACCCGACGAGAAUUGCAGGAGCUCCGAAGACAGGUGAAGACCCUAGGGGGGGAGAACCAGAAGAAAUGCCAGGAGCUGAGCGAACUGCAGGCCCGGGUCGCCCAAGACGAACAGCGGGAGCAGCAGAACCGAAUGGAGUCCCUCGAGCUGCACAAGAAGAUCAUGGAAACGGAGACCGGCCGAGAAUCUGCUCGGAAGGAGGUUCUCAGCCUGCAGCGUAAACUGACGGACAUGGAAUUGAAAAUCAGAGGCCGAGAGAAGGAGCUCGUUGAGAGCCUGAGCAGGAGCCACGGAAAUGAGAAAAAGCUCAAGGAUGAGCUACGUAACCUAGAGAUGAAACUGCAGCAGGUGAGCGGCGCGGCCGAAGACGCUCAGGUGCACCUGAACUCUGCGAGGGGCCGGAUUCACGCUCUGGAGCUGGAACUCGACGAGAGGGAUGUUGCCAAGAGAGAGGUGGAGGCCAAACUGGGCAGGCUGUACUCUGUUCUGCGCCGGACCCUGGGGAUGAGGGGACGCAGCCCGUCACCGGAGAGAGGACGCUCCCCUGUCAAAGACUCUCAGAGAUCGUCGGCGACUGACGUACAGAAGAUUCCUGCCUCCCGAGCAGGAUCCCCAGAAAGAACCCCAUCCCGCUCUCCAUUCAGAUGGACCUCCCCUUCCCAAGGAGAACCUGGACUGUCGGAGGUUGAUGUAGAAGCAAUCCGGGACACCUUGAGAGACUUCCUACAGGAGCUCCGAGACACUCAGAGAGAAAGGGAUGACUCACGGCUGCAGGUAAUGAACCUGAGCCGCCAGUUGAAUGAAAUGGAAAGCGACCGAGACCGUACCAAGAGUCGCAUCCUGCAGCUGCAGAAAUCACUGGCAGACUCCGAGGAAGGUAAGCGAGGAGCAGAUGAGCGCCUGAAUAGUGCCCAGACAGCGCUGAUGCUGCAGGACGAGACCAUCAGGCGGGUAGAGAGAGAACGCCAGACAUGUGCCGAGCAGAUGUCCUCACUGGAACGUAGCCUGCACGUGAGUGAGGAAGAGAAGAGGGGUCUUCAGGAGAGAAUCGGUAAACUAAAAGCCAAAGAAGCCAAGCUAGAAACAGAUAAGAGGAAGCUAAAAGAAGUCCUGGAGGUCGCCGAGGGCCGAGCCACUGAGCUAGAGCUGCGCAGACGCUCUGUGGAGGGGGAACUCGAGCGGACCCAGAUGAAGGUGGCCGAUCGAGAGGUGGAAACUCAAGGUCUCCGGGAGCAGGCGCAGCUGCUUCAUUGUCGGUUGGAAGAGAGCGAGCGCAAAUCUACCUCCCUGCAGCAGGAGCUGGACCGCCUGACCCACUCGCUGGCAAGGACAGAGGAUGAGGAAAGCCUCCUGAAGGACAAAGUUCAGAGCCUUUCUCAAGCACUGGCAGAAGCUGCUGCCGGCUCUUGCGGCCUUCAGGAAAAUGUCUCUCAGCUGCAGAAGGCCCUGACAGCAGCCGAACAGGAUCGACGCGUGCUGCAGAAACACCUGGAUUCUGUACGUCUGGCACUGUCUGAGAGUAAGAGGCAGAGCCAAGGGCUGGCUGAGAGGGAGAAAUUGCAGGAAGACCACCUCAGUCAGCUGGAGCUGCGGUGUGGAGACCUAGAAGGGCAGAUAGACCACCUGCAGGAGAUAAUCCUUCGACAGCAGCAGAGCGAGGCGGAGGCGGUAGCUUCAGUGCAGAAGUUCCAGAAUGAGAACGGGGCCCUUCGCGAGAGGGUGGCUGGCCUACAGCGAGCUCUGACCCACCUGGAAGGAGAGUACAAGGAACUGGCCCGCUCAGCCUUCCGCUGGGAGAAGGACGCCUCUGCUGCUCCUAAGACCCUCACCCAGUCCCAGAUUGCUGAGCUGGAGCUGGAGCACGCCCAGAGACUGCUAGAGCUGACUUCUCGGCAUCGAGAGGAUCUGGAUCUGGAAGCUGAGAGGCUGCGCAGUACCCAGCUCCACGCAGAAAGGACUCUGGAUUCUCAAGAGCAAGCCUAUAAGCAGAGAGUGAAGGGCCUGGAGGAACAGGUGAGGACACUGAAGGGGCAGUUGGACCAGGAAAUGCGGAGAAAACAUUCCUAUCUCAACAAGAAACUCCGAGCAGGAAAGUGAAAUCCGGACUAUCAAGUGUUGCUACGUGCAAGGACUUGGGAGGUCUGUUCAUUGACAAGAUAUGGAAGAGCCUUUCAGCUGAAGUCCUGUGAUAAAGGGGCAGGUGAAUGCAAUGGCUUGUCACCCAAGUCAUGAUCAGUUGCUACCAAUCAGAAAAGAUUAAUGAUGGGAAUGUACUUUUGGGUAAGUUGAAAAACUAUAGGUAGGAGCAAUUAAGACUGUCAUCAGCUAGACAUGGCAUGCCUGAAGAAAACCAUGUAAUAACAUCAGCUGUUCCAUCCAUGACUGGGUCUUGGUCAUCACUGUCUGGCUUAGAAGGAAAUUUAGCAUCAGUGGAUUUCCCUGUACUCUUAAUCCCUAAAGAACUGGUCUUUGACAGACCAUCCUCAU